AUGCAGCUCCUCUUCGGUCUUGUUGCCGGUGCCAGCCUGGCCAGCGCUGGUCUAAUUCCUUCAUCCACCUCCCUCUUCAAGCGCGACAGCUGGGGUGGCAGCGUCUCGCUGGGUCCCUCCAAGUCGACCAUCAUCAAUGCCGUGACGACCCUGAUUCCGGGUGCUGCACCCUCUUCCCAGAAUGGUCAGCUCUUCCUGUGGCCCGGCAUGUCAAACGGUACUGGUGAUCUGGUCCAGACGACUCUGGAGAGCUGGCCCGAUAACUCCUGGUGUGGAGCUACCACUGGCCAGUGGUGUGUUCGUGCCAGUGUUUUUGGAUCGUUCGGUCAGCUGGAUGGAACUGGAAGCCCCGUCAGUGGCACCGAUAAGGUGCGGAUUGAGUACAAUUUGGAGAGUGAUGGAGAGACUUGGAAGCAGACUGUCACCAACGCUGAGACGGGUGCUACUCUUUCCACCUACUCGUACGCCUCUGGGCCGUAUAUGACUGGGUAUGCUAUUGGGUUAAAAGUUGGAUUGAGCAAUGAGCUGACUACUAUUAGUUACGGCACCGGUACCGAGUGCAACUCUGACUGUACCGGAACCAUCGAGGUUCAGCAGUACCUCGACACGACCAUCACCCUCGCCUCCGCCGACACCUCCUUCGGCAACACCAUUGCCUCCGCAUCUGGCGCGACCUAUACCGGCCUGAGCUCCAGCCAGAACGGCAAAGUGUGGAAGAUCAGCACUAUCAACAUCCCCGCCAUGUCCUAG